ACGCGGCUCUCUUCUGGUUUGCGAAGGACGCCAUUUUGUUGUUAGCGGUGAAGCGGAGCGCGAGAGAAAGAUCCAGAAGCCGCGACUCUGAGAUAUAUCAAGAUGGGGAAUGUUUUUGCAAACCUCUUCAAGGGCCUGUUUGGGAAGAAGGAAAUGAGGAUCCUCAUGGUGGGGCUGGAUGCAGCGGGGAAAACCACCAUCCUGUACAAACUCAAACUGGGAGAGAUUGUCACCACCAUUCCCACAAUUGGUUUUAAUGUAGAAACGGUAGAAUACAAGAACAUCAGUUUCACAGUGUGGGAUGUCGGUGGUCAGGACAAGAUCCGGCCUCUGUGGCGCCACUAUUUCCAGAACACACAAGGACUGAUCUUUGUGGUGGACAGUAAUGACAGGGAGCGUGUGAACGAAGCGCGGGAAGAGCUGACGAGAAUGCUGGCAGAAGACGAGCUGCGGGACGCUGUCCUACUCGUCUUUGCAAAUAAGCAGGAUCUGCCCAAUGCCAUGAAUGCAGCAGAGAUUACAGACAAGCUGGGCCUACAUGCCCUUCGCCAGCGCAACUGGUACAUCCAGGCCACCUGUGCCACCAGUGGGGACGGCCUCUAUGAGGGCCUGGACUGGCUCUCCAACCAGCUGAAGAACCAGAAAUGAUCCAUUCCAUAGCCGGUGUGACAGGUGCAGCACUGGUCCUGGCCCUGACUACCUAUACCCCACCACCACUCUGUCUCUCUCCAGCCUCUUCCUCCUCAGGGCUCUGGCCGGUGCUGCCCUGCACAUGUGCGUGUCAGUGUGGGUGUGUGUGUGCGUGCGUUUGUGUGUGAGAGUGUGUCUGUGUGUCUGCCAGUGGGAGCAGUACUGGUGUGCCUUUACACACCUCCUGUGGAAACAGCAGUCCAGCUCUCUGAGCGCCUCUUCCUCUUGGUCCUCCUUUAGAACAGCAUUCGGCACGCCUCUCCCCGGUGUUGCAACAAACAUGGUUUUCACAAGGCAAAGAAAGAACCAGGAUGCAAAGUACUGUCAUCUUUUAAUAUAUAUAAAAAAACCUGAUUUACACCACCAGUGUUAGUGUUGGAGAAACAUGCAUGUUUAAUUGUUGGUUUGAAACUCUGCCCUACCCUCACAUCGUAACCUGUAUCAGGUUGGAAGAGACAUAAGAAAAGGCUUCCAUCCUAGAUUCUUCUUUGCAUCAUUUGAAAAUCAUGCUGUUUUCUCCUCCAUGACUAAAAAACCAACAACCUACAACUGUGGCUCUUAUGAACACUACCUGUUUUUUUUUUUUUUUUUUUUUUGCUUUUUGUUGAGAGAUCAUGAAGCACAAGUCAACACAUGAGUAAUAUUUUUAUUUCCAACUGUCCAGUUUGCUUUGAAUUAAAAACUCCAUUAUGUUAAGUGUUGUCAUCUUGUACAGCUUAGUGUUUUUUUCUUCUGGGUCAUUUAAGUCAUGUUGAUGUUAACGCUUCUGGAAGACUGGCAGAUGUUUUUACUGUCAGCCGCAGACAACCUGCUGGGUUUGCGGUGGUCGGGACUACCUGCUGUUCCACUGCUGUGCAAGGUAUUGUUUGUCAAAGCUACUAGCCACAAAGACUGGCAGGAUUUGACAGGCUUUACUAAGUUAAGUAGACUGCUGGCCUGUGGAGGCUCUGACCUCUUCCUAGAAAUGUUACAUGCGUUGAGUACUGCUCAGUACUUGCGUCUGCUACAGUUGCUAAACCAAAUGAAACUGAGCAGUACCACUCAUCUGGUUUACAGUACUGAUUUUGCCUGCUUGUCUCUGGUGUGAUGAAGGCACACUCCAAAGUUAUGAAGAAAAGUGGUAUAGCAAAGGGCUCAGGCCUCCACUAGUCCAGACUGCUUAAACCUUCACCGCUGCAUAAUCAUGUCAUGGUGUGGCUCUAUUGUAGUCUAUGGAAUGAUUCGGCUUGCCAGUCCAUUCAUUGCCUAUGGAAUCUAACCUUGUAGGAGUUGAAAGAGGGUGGUGGAGCAAGCUUGCCUUCAGUACAGGUGUGAGUUUAGUGGAGCGGAGUUAAAGAAACUGCGUAAGCUGCUGGUGGACAUUUCAGCAGUCUUAUAAAGGUAGGGUGGCAUAUUUGUUCAGAACAUUUUUUUUUCAGCUGGUGUGUAGAAAACGUACUUUGUGGGAUCUCCUGUACUUACUAAAGAGUUGAUUUUUUUUCCUGACUCGGCGUGGAAAAUGCAAUAACUGGCGCUUUUUGUUUAUGUGGAAGAGAGCUGAUGCACAGCUGUAUCCAGGGACAGUGAGGCCUUUUCAGAGAGCUGCUCCCACUUUGUUUCUUCUCUUUAAUUUGUUUUAUUUUUAUUAUUUAGAUUUUUUGUACAGAAUACCUGCCUCAUUAGUAUGGUCUGGUGAGCCAGGUGUACAGUUGCAAAUCAAAUGCAAAAU